CAGAUGUCUGGAUCAACAACUUUGCCCGUAACCGAAAGCGAAACUGUUAACGCAGGAUCGCAAACAACAUCUCCGGGAAAACCUCAGCAAGACGUAUACACUACAUCAAUCAAAGACAUUGCUACUAUUCCAGAUAGAACUCAAGGAGCUUCUGAUCCAGUUUCAGAAAUAAAACCAAGCAGAACAGAAGAUUCGUCGUCCAUCGAUUUAACCAAAUUCAUUAUAAUUGGCGUAGCCCUCGCCAUUCUCAUAAUAAUCAUUAUCAUUGUGGCUGUUGUGUUGGUGAUGCAGCGUCGACAACAUGAAGCAAAGCUAAAGUUAGCAGCAGAAAUUGAAAAAGAGGACAGAGACAGAAAAAAGAAGAAGAAGCGUAAGAGUAAGAAGAAGAAAAAGUCGCAGAAGUCAGCUGGUGGUGAAGAGGAAGCGAAAGGUGAAGGUGAACCGAAACCUGAAGGUGAACCGAAACAAGGUGAACCGAAACCUGAGGGUGAAGCGAAGGGCGAAGCUAGAGAGGGCGCAGGAAAGGCGUGAAGAAAGUGUUCCUUUUAACUCGCACAAAUUAUCGUCGAGUUUGUACAUAAUGAAACCACUAACAUUUUCUC